AUGGGACUGAGUCUUAAUAAUAAUGUAAAGUUCGCUUGUGCUGCCCUGGCACUGGUGUUCUUCUGUGAAUAUGUUAUUUACUACGUCGUGCUACUCCAGUGUUUGUGGCCGCAGUUAGACUCGAGACAUGUUGAUGAGACAGUACCUGCAAAACCAGAUGCUGAGCCUGUGAGAGUCAUGUUACUAGCUGACACACAUCUGCUGGGUUCUCGGAAUGGUCAUUGGUUUGACAAGUUAAGAAGGGAAUGGCAGAUGUAUCGUACAUUCCAGACAGCAAUGAACAUACACAAACCUGAUGUUGUAUUUUUUCUUGGUGAUUUAUUUGAUGAAGGUCUCUGGUGCAGCGAGAAGGAAUUUGAUUAUUAUGUUAAGAGAUUUCAUGAUUUGUUUUAUGUACCUAAAGGGACACAAGUGUUUGUGGCUGUAGGAAAUCAUGAUAUUGGAUUUCAUUAUGGGAUUAGCCCAUAUCUUCAUGAGCGAUUUGCAACUGCAUUUAAUGCCCCCCCUGUUCGACUCGUGUCAAUCAAAGGAAACCACUUUGUGCUGAUAAACAGUAUGGCAAUGGAAGGUGAUGGGUGCUUCCUUUGCCGCCCAGCAGAAUUGCAACUACAGAGGAUCUCAAAAAGAUUGAAAUGUACUAAGGGAGUGGGAAAAUGUGACAGAGACCUACUGCUUGAUAUUUAUAGUCGCCCCAUAGUAUUGCAGCAUUUUCCAAUGUACAGAGAGUCAGAUGCUAUUUGCCAUGAACCAGAUGAAGCACCAGAGGAGAUUAAAACACAAAAAUUUAGAGAGAGAUGGGAGUGUCUUUCAAGGGAGUCAUCACAGAUGUUGUAUGAUUAUUUAAAUCCCAGGCUCGUUGUUACUGGGCACACACACCAUGGUUGUCAUCUUCUUCAUGGGAAAGAUAUUCAUGAGUGGACCAUUCCUUCAUUCAGCUGGAGAAAUAAGAACAACCCCAGCUUUAUGUUGGCUGUAUUUACGCCAAACAAUUAUGCAGUUUCAAAAUGUAUGAUGCCUCAAGAAUCAACAAUAAUAAGCAUUUACAUCUUUGGUGCAACGUCAAUUGCUUUAUGGAUUAUUCUAACUUACCGAAGGUUUUGUCGUCGUACUCGAUGGUUUAAACGGAAAUAAAAUUGUAUUUUGUUGCUUGAAAUUUCACAGAUUAAGAGGAAAUAUUAUUUUCAGAAUUGUAUGUGAGUCUUAUAAAUAAUUUAUCUGUACAGAUAAUUUAAAUCCAGUUUUACUUAAUGAAAUUUGUUUUUUUAAAGACCUUUUAUCUUCUGCGGAUGUCCUUUCCUACCUGCACAAUAUUUUGGUUGAUUUCUUAAACAUUUGGAUGGCCUGACUUUUAUGUCUUACUACCGUUCACUUUUGAAUUAGCAAUAGUUAUACAUUUUUCCCAAACUUUCGAAAAAUGGUGAGUACAAAAUAAAAACUUCUUAAUUUGACUUAAUAAUAUAUUGUCAUAUUUUUUACAAUCUUAAACAUGUUAAAUAAAAGAAUAAUUUUGUUAAAGUUUUGUGCAUAAUUACUCAUUUCCUGUUAAACCUCAUUAAAAUUUUUGCAGCAAAGGUAAAGCUGAGAAACAAACUGUCUUUCAUGUAGAAGAGGGAGUUUUACAUUCUAAGGAUAUUCUAUUGUUUUGUCCUCAGUUUUGGAGGAGUGCAUGACUACACUUCAUACUCCCAUCCCAACUUCUAUGAUUUUCUUUAUUUUCUGUUGAAAUGUGAAUAUAUAUAUUCUUAGAUGCAAUUAGGACUUCCAAGGACUAUGUUUAACAUGUACUUCUCCAUAUCUGGCUUUUUCUACUCCCAAAACCUCUUCACGUUCUGGCUUCUGGUCUCCAUCAGCCAGUGUGUUAGGAUUCUCUGCUAUUUUCCAAGUUUAUGAAUGUGUGUGUCAUUUAUUUUCACAUGUCUUUGUGCAUUGUGUCUUCCAGUUUGUCAUAGCUUCCGUAAGUCCUUUGCAAUGUCUUUCAUACAUAUUGCGGCGCACUUGCUUUGCUUAGUGUGUUCUCGGAUUCUUCUGGUAAGUCUUUUGAUGCCUAUCCUGUACAUAUGCCUGACAAAGUUCAGCCUUCUUUUUCUCAGUCCAUCUGUCAGUUCAUUGCUCCAUAUUUACAAUUCUUUUUUUUUCUGUUUCCACUUGCCCAGGUAUUUGAAUUUAUCUACACUGUAACUAUUCUGCAAAUUGUUUUCAGUCCAUCAUUUACAUUCAUUACUUCUGUCUUUUCAUAUAAUCAACAUGUUCACCUCUUGUAAGGUACACGUGCUGUGCUGUGGGGAUGAUCCAUAAGGUUGGAAAUGAUGGACACGCUUCUUCAAAGAUCCAAUCACAGUGUAGACACUUUUAUUGUUCCAGGAUGAUUGAUUUCAACAGACUUGAGCUGCUGUCUGAUCUUAUGGAGCUUGUUAAAAAAUGCCAUGUUACAUUACAUUAAGCCAAAGUACAAAAGGUACGCCCCGUGUGUAUAUGCCGUGAUAGAAAUCCAAUUGAUAAAAUGCUCGUAGUUGAUAAAAUGCAGAGUUGAUAAAAUCCUCAUACU